UUACAGUCUUAAGUUCCUAUCUGGAAGCAUCCUAAGGAAGAAAUGCUGGAUAUAAAAUGUGCUUGGACUAUGGAGCAGGAGAAGGGUUAGCAGUAGGUGUCUGGAAUAUAAGAACCUGUGAGCACAGCAGUGGUAAUGAUGACAGGGAGGCUGUAUGCGUAAGAGCGACAGACCGAGAGAGAAAGACAGCGGGACAGACACUGUAUGUAUGUGAGAGGAAAGCGAAAAAGAGCCGCGGAAUGUGGAAGCCCGGCCGCUGGCGCUGCUGACUCUCGGGGGCGGUGCCGGUUGAGGCACCGAGAGAUCCGCCCCACGUCUCCGGCUGCGGUUGUCCCCUCCGCGUUGUGUGUCCCUGCCGAGGCCCCGUAGCAGGGCGGAUGUUGUGAGGAGCCGCUGCCGGGGCUGGGCGAGCCAGGCGUGGGGUGGCGGUGAGCAGCAGCAGCAGCAGCAGCGGGCUCUUGCCGGGGCUCUGCGUGUGGAGGAGCCACCUAGACGGGGUGGGCGAGGGGUGACUGCAGAGGCCUGGUUUGGGGGCUGGGACUAGGCCCGGGUCAGCGCCGAACAACUGCUUGCCCAAGCGGCGGGGCGGCUGGUGAACCUGUCCUAAGACCUCCAGGGUGGCUUGUCAGGCUCAGGCAGGGAGGGAAGCAGCCGGCGGCGAAGGGAAGGCGCUUGGAGGGCACAGCGUGCCACCCGGCGUGGCGACAAAGCACUCAGCGGACCAUUCCGUGGAGCCAUUGCUGGGGAGAGGAGUCACUGCACUUGGCUUGGAUGUGUCGAGAGGCCUUUUUCGGGGAGAGGCUUCCAAUUCUUAGCCGCCGCCGCGCUCCACCAUAUGCUUUUUAAGAUAUGGUGACCAUGACUGAGACUUACUUCUGAAUAAACCUGCAAAGGAUUGUGCUGGCAAAGACCUUGCUUUGAGGUUUGUGAGUAUUCACGCUGACCUGAAUUAUGACAUCAAGAGGUUCUGGCACAACAUUUUCUCGGAAGAAUUAUAGGUUAAGCACAGAGCCUGAGAAGUCCAAGGUUGCAGGCAUAGUGAACAGCAGGCUCCUGAAUGAUUAUCUGCAUCGCAUCUUCCCCAGUGCCAAUGGAACUCAGGCUACUGCUGCAUACAGAAAGCACCUCUCAUUUCAAAACUUACAAGAACACGUAGAACGAUUGAUGGCAGAAAAUGCUGGCUCAGAAGAUGGUCAAGAUCAAGGAGUAGAGGGCAGACUUGGCCCUUCUACUGUGGUGUUGGAUCACACCAGUGGUUUUGAGGGACUUCUGCUGGUGGAUGAUGACCUACUUGGGGUAAUUGGACAUAGUAACUUUGGCUCUAUAAGGGCUACUACCUGUGUGUAUAAAGGAAAAUGGAUCUAUGAGGUGCUGAUUUCAUCCCAGGGUCUCAUGCAAAUUGGCUGGUGCACUCUCAGUUGUCGGUUCAAUCAAGAGGAAGGAGUUGGAGACACUCCAGAUUCAUAUGCCUACGAUGGGAAUCGAGUGCGCAAAUGGAAUGUGACUACAACCAACUAUGGUAAAUCUUGGGCAGCAGGAGAUAUUGUCAGCUGUUUGAUAGACCUGGAUGAGGGAAGCAUUUCUUUCUGCCUGAACGGUGUGUCUCUGGGAACAGCUUUUGAUAACAUCUCACGAGGCUCUGGCAUGGCUUAUUUCCCUGCUAUCAGCCUGUCAUUCAAGGAAUCAGUUGCUUUUAACUUUGGCAGCCGCCCUCUCCGAUAUCCAGUGGAGGGAUAUCGACCCCUACAGGACAAACCUGCUGCAGAUCUGAUGAAAGCUCAGAAGCUGUUAGGGUACCUGAAGAACGUUAUUCAUAUUGGAAUAGAUGUUACGGAAGGGAAGCUGGUGGAAAGAGACACUUCCACAUGGCAACUCCAGGGGGACCCAACAGUUUUGAUCACCCUGGCACACAUUUUUAACCGUUUUGCCCCCCUUAUGUGCAAAGUAUAUUUGGUAGAAGAUGUGCUUAUGAGCUUUCUACUCAGCAUCCUGGAAGGGGGAGGGUCUGUGGAAGCACACCCUCUUAUUCAGCAGUUACUGGAUCUCAUGUGGCUUCUCAUGGAGGAUUAUGAAGUACAUGAAUGCCUCAAGCAGCUGCUGAUGUCCUUGCUCAGGGCUUACCGCUUCUCUCCCAUUGUUCCUGAUCUUGGCUUACAGAUUUACUACCUCCGUCUCACUAUUGCUGUACUGAAGCAUGAGAAAUCCAGAAAGUACCUACUUCACAAUGUCCUAUUUGAUGUGCUCCGCUCAGUUGUGUUUUUUUACAUCAAGAGCCCCUUGCGUGUGGAGGAGGCUGGUUUGCAGGAGCUCAUUCCCACCACCUGGUGGCCAAACAGCUUCAACAAAGAGGGUAAAGAAAGUAAAGACAUUAAGGAGGAGAGCGCUGAGGAGAGGCUGAGGAGGCGAGCAUAUGAAAGAGGCUGCCAGCGGCUCAAGAAACGCAUUGAAGUGGUAGAGGAACUCCAAGUGCAGAUACUGAAGUUGCUGUUAAACAAUAAAGACCAUGGAGGGGGAGGAGCUUCCAGAUAUAUCUUUCUAAAUAAGUUCCGCAAGUUUCUUCAGGAAAAUGCCAGCAAUCGAGGGAAUCUGACUGUGCUAUGCCCUCCAGAGUAUAUGGUUUGCUUCUUGCAUCGACUCAUCUCGGCCUUGAGACAUUACUGGGAUGAGCACAAGGUGAAGAACCCUUUAGCACUGAGCAGUGAAGAUGCAUAUGUCCCCCCUCAGCUCUUCUAUAAUGGGAAGGUAGAUUACUUUGACCUCCAGCGGCUUGGGGGGCUCUUAUCUCAUCUCAAGAAGACCCUCAAAGAUGACCUUGCCUCGAAGGCAAAUAUUUUGAUUGAUCCUGCAGAACUUCAGGCUGUGACAAUGGAUGAUCUUGAUGAAGAUGAAGAGUCAGCGGUGUCAACAGUACAACGUCCAGCUGCUGCUUUGGCAAUUGGAGGUGCCUUGGCCAGGCCAAGCUGGCUCAGUUCACCUACCCUGGGGCGAGCUAACCGCUUCCUCAGUACUGCAGCUGUUAGCCUUAUGACUCCAAGGCGGUCACCAGGUGCCUCAGAGAAGGUAAAAGUUCGUACGUUGAACAUGGAACAACGGACAGAGGAAGACAUUGAAGGCAGCCAUGGAAAUGAAGGCCUUUUAUCGGGGAAACCUGCAGAAGAGCCAGAACAUCCAAUAACUGAGAAUUCUCUUUUGGAAAUCUUGGAUGGAAUAGUCAUGAUGUACAACCUCAGCGUGCAUCAGCAGCUUGGUAAGAUGGUGGGUGUUUCCGAUGAUGUGAAUGAGUAUGCCAUGGCACUGAAAGACACUGAAGAAAAGAUUAGCCGAUGCCCAAAGAGGAGAAGAGAUAUCUGUGAAGAACUGGUGAAAAGUCAAAAGGUUUUCUCUGAAAAGCUUAAUCACCUGAGUCGCCGGCUUGCUUGGAUCAACGUUACUAUAUAUUCAAAGGAGAAGAUGCAAGAUAUAUACUGGCUGCUACAGGUAUGCAUCCGCACUAUUGAACAUGGAGACAGGAUUGGUUCGCUCUUUGCAUUUAUGCCAGAAUUCUAUCUGAGUGUGGCUAUGAAUAGCUACAGUGCUCUCAAGAACUACUUCAGUCCUGUCAACAGCAUGGAAGAGUUACCAGGCUAUGAAGAGACCUUGACACAUCUUGCUGCCAUUUUAGCCAAGCACUUUGCUGACUCCAGGAUUGUGGGCACUGACAUCAGAGACUCCCUCAUGCAGGCAUUGGCCAGCUAUGUUUGCUACCCCCACUCACUCCGUGCUGUAGAGAGGAUUCCAAAAGAGCAGAGGAUAUCCAUGAUGAGGAACCUGCUGGCCCCCUAUGAACAAAGACCUUGGGCUCAGACCAACUGGAUCCUUGUACGACUGUGGCGAGGCUGUGGAUUUGGAUACAGGUACACACGGCUGCCUCAUCUGCUGAAAACCAAGCCAGAGGAUGCUAAUCUCCCCAGUUUGCAAAAGCCUUGUCCCUCCACCCUGCUGCAGCGACACAUGGCGGAUCUGCUGCGAAGUGACCGGGAAAUGGCACCCAGUUUCCUUAACAGUGUGCUGAACCAGCUGAACUGGGCCUUCUCUGAGUUCAUUGGCAUGAUUCAGGAGAUCCAGCAAGCUGCAGAGCGCCUGGAAAGAAACUUUGUAGACAGCCGCCAGUUGAAAGUGUGUGCAACUUGCUUUGAUCUGUCGGUGAGCCUGCUCAGGGUCUUGGAAAUGACGGUCACACUGGCUCCUGAGAUCUUCCUAGACUGGAGUCGCCCAUCAUCAGAGCUAUUACUCAGGAGACUUGCCCAGCUGUUUAAUCAGGUGCUGAAUCGUGUGACAGCUGAGCGGAACCUGUUUGACAGAGUGGUCAACCUUCGUCUGCCAGGACUGGAGAGUGUAGAUCACUAUCCAAUCCUUGUGGCUGUGACAGGAAUUCUGGUCCGGCUCCUUGUUGAUACUGAGUUCCAGGGGGCUGAGCGGGCAACAGCUGUGCUGCUGGCAGAUCCCUGUUUCCAGCUCCGUUCUAUUCAGUACUUGUUGGGGCACACAGAGCCUUUAGUACUGGGAAUGGCAUCACCUUCUGCUGACAAGAAACAUUUCUCCCUGCAAAGUUACACUGAUUACAUCAGCCAGGAAGAGCUAGCCAAGGUGGAACAAAUGCUGGGCUACCUCAGUGAAGAGUCCAAGCAGGCAGCAGCCUCCACCUUGCCCACCAGUGAGGAGGACCUGUGCCCUAUCUGCUAUGCGCAUCCAAUCUCCGCCGUAUUCAAGCCAUGCUCCCACAAGUCCUGCAAAGCCUGUAUCAACCAGCACCUGAUGAACAACAAGGACUGCUUCUUCUGCAAAGCCACCAUCACGGGUGUGGAUGAUUACAUUAAGCCAGCCACCUCCUAGUGCCUGGACCCUGCAGGGCAGGGCCACAUGUCCAGGCAGCUUCUCCAUAGGGUGGACUCUCUUUGCUCCGACAGCACCUCUGUCAAAGGCGGCUGCUGUUCAGCACAGCUGAGCUCAGUGUUUUUAAAAAUGUAUAACACCUCUUGCAGUCCAGGCACUGCCAUUAUGCAUCACCUAGGCCACAUCAUAUCCUUCAAUCCCCCUUAAUUUAGAUACAUUUUCUGUUGCUGUCAUUGACUCCAAGCCAACAGGCAUUGGGCUUUUCCAGUGGGGCAUGGAUAAGGAGGCUGAACACGCUCAGGUUCUCUACCUCAGCCUGAAUCUGUAGCUCCUUUUCUGCAUCUGCCCUAAGAAUCCUGUCUUGUACUGUAGCUGGGACACAUCCUCUUUGGUGUGGUGCUUUUCUUGAUGGGGUAAAAGUUGAUCCCACAGCCAGCAUUGCUACUGUGAGUCUAGCUGCUCACUGGCCAAGUGUGUUCUUGCUGCUGCAGCGCUUUGCUGUUUGACAAGUGCGUGUGUUGCUCAGAGUUGGUUCAAAUACUUAUGCAGGCAUGUGGUGCAAUUACCCAUCCACCUAUACCACCUGAUGUUAGCUUUGGCCACGGAGGGAGAAUCUGACAAGCCAUGCUCCCACAUGUAGUCAGAAGUGGUGCUGGUAAACAAAAGACGGUACCAUCUGUCUGCCUAAACAUUUGAUUGCUUUUUGUACAUCUGGUUCCUUUCCUCUGAGGGUAAGGACAGCUAGAUAAACAUAGCAAAGACACAAGACCUGGCUUUUGGUUUGGGGAGCUUAGUGAUGCAACAACAGGCACCCUGUGCUAUUUUAACCGAAGCACAGAGAUGAAACCCACAACCACCAGAGGAAUAAGUCUGAACAGACUUGUAGCUUUCUCCAAGGAAAAACAUCAGAUAUAGGAGGGGCCAUAGUUGGGCCUAUGCAUUGUAUACUGGUUAGGAGAAGUACUAGCUAGGUUGAUUUUAUGGGCUAUUUCAGGGGUGUACCUGAUAGCACUGCUCUCUCCCACCAGCAGAAGGUGCCCAUGGCACCAGCCCUUCACUGUGUGACCAGGCUGCCUGUACUAUCCAGGAACAGACAAGGAUGGUUGUUUGUUUUUUAAAAUUUACUAACUGUGUGUGACUUGUGACCAGAAGUGUCAGGGAGAGCAGCAAGCAUUGUGCUUGAAGCAAGGAAUGUAACUUGUGUGCAUCCAUGAUUGUCUCUCCCCUCACUGCCCUCCAAAGUGGAAGGGGUGUUACUUCCAUACAAUGGAUUAUUAUUAA